AGCGGAGCCACACUGAACUGGUGGCGGUCGACCCUGUCAGCUCGUCGGUCCCCGCGGAGGACCGCGUCAUGUUCGUCGCUACCGCGGCGGUGCGCGCCAUGAUUGCCUUCAUCGCUGCGCUGCUGGUGGCCUCCUGCUGGGGACAGGUGGAUUCCCUGUCACCCCAGUGCGCCAGCUGUGUGACGCCCGGCCAGUGCUCGACACCGCUGUCUUCUGGAGGCAUCCGUACCAACUGCACGCUACCCUCGGGCCAGGAGGGAGUGUGCUGCGAAGAUGGUGAUCGCCUCAACAGCGUCUGCCGGGCGCCGGUCCUGUGCCAGCCGGUCGACUCGGACUCUCAGCUGAGCUGCCCUCUACCGGAUGGUUCGGACGGUGUCCGCUGUCCAGUGAGGGCGCCACCAACGCCGGCCGCGGUGCGCCCUCUGUCCGGCCGCCGGAGCACGCUACUGGCGCCGCCUGCCGAGGCGGUGAACCUGCGGGAGGCACAGUGGCAGGCCACGCAGCACCUGGACGCACUGGCCGAGCUGGAGGAGCGGCUGGCGGCCGUGCUGCACCGGCCGGGCGCCGAGCAGGCAGACAUGAUGGACCCGCUGCCAGAAGGCUCCGAUGAGGACUCCAUGCUGAUGCAGCAGCUCGGCAGACUGGGUCUGGAGCGGUUCCUCACCAUCCAGGCGAUCAACAACCAGAGUAGGCUCGCUGUGCAGUCUGACAUCACGGCGGUCGGCGACCAGUCAGCGAUGCUGCUGCCCGGCUGUGAGAGCCCGGAGCUGGACGUACCGUGCGGGGACGUUGGCGCAGAGAACCGAUCCCUGAGUGGAGACUGCAACCACCCGGAGAGCCCGUUCCUCGGCCGAGCGCUGACGGGACUGGGACGGCUGACCGGCGCCACCUACGAGGACCACCUGUUCUUCGAGCCCCGUUCACUGGCGUCAGACGGCUCGCCGCUGCCGCCGGCGGCACUGGUGGGCUCUCUGGUGGCGCACCAGCCUCUGGCCGAGCCGCUCAGUCGGUGGGCGUCCACGCUCUCCGAGUUCAUCGGACUGGACCUGGCCCGCACGGCACCAUUCCGGCUGGAGGACGGCCGCGAGCCCGACUGCUGCACGGAGCACCACCCGGCCUGUCUGCCGCUGCACAUGGACACCAGCUGCGUCAACUUUGUGCGCUUGCUGCCGGCGCAGCCGCUCGACUGCGUGAUGCGGCCUGCGGCGCCGCUUUCGGAGGCCUCAGCCUACCUGGAUCUGGAGAUGGUGGUGGCAGGCUGA